UAAAGACUCCGAGCAUAGAGCAUUCGUGUCCGCGACGAUCUAGCUCCACCAGAUACUCCCCCACACUAGUGACAUCACUACUCCGAUGGACCGGACUCGCCGGACCGAUAGCCCGGUCUACACUCGCCAAUGGACAACCGACUCCCCCACCGCCACAUCCCCCGCAAUGUCUCCGGUGCGUGGCCACCACGCGCGCUCCUCCUCCGCCAGCGGCAUCUCCAACAUCAAACGCACUCAGAACUUCGCCGCCAAGGCCGCCGCUCAGCGCCUCGCGCAGGUCAUGGCCUCGCAGAACACCGGUGAUGACGACGACGAAGAUGACGACGAUCUCGGUUUCCGCUACAGUGCUCCGCCGCCGUUCUCUCUCUCCAGAAAUGCCAACAGUCCAGGCGCUAAGCCCGCCGUCCCCUCCGGGAGAACCACUUCUACUAGAUCGGCUUCUCCCGCGUUGGCUCGGAACUUGGACGAAGCUGUAUCGGUUCGCUCAACGUCGGCUGGAAGGGCUCUUCGUACAGCAGCACCUCCGUUGGUGCCACCUCGAACAACCUUGAGGACCGCAACGUCUAUGCCACCGUUGGACCCUCCUACCAUAACUAGGAAAAAAGAGAACAGAUUCUUAUCCGAAGCAGGAAAUAACAAAUCAAAAGAUUCAGGAGAUCUACGUGAGCCUUCUGCACUGCGUGAUGAAGUGGAAGUGCUACUAGAAGAGAAGGAAAAUAAUCUUGAUAAGCUCCGGCAUGAAGAAGAGAGAUGUGAGGAAGCAGAAGCCAGAGUUAGGGAACUUGAAAAACAGGUUGCUGCUCUUGAAGAAGGUGUGUCAUUGGAAGCUAAACUUUUAAGCAGGAAAGAAGCCGACUUGCGAAAAAAAGAGGCUGCUCUCAAAGAUUUAAAACAACAACCAAAGGGUGGAGUUUCUGCACAGGCCGCAUCUCUUCGGUCUGAAGUGGAGAAAGCAAAAGAAGCAAAUGCAGCUAUUAUGGAACAACUACAUGGAGCUGAAUCUGAAGUUAAAGCCCUUCGAUCCAUGACUCAAAGAAUGGUGCUGACUCAAAAAGAGAUGGAAGAAGUAGUUCUGAAGCGAUGUUGGUUAGCACGUAACUGGGGCUUGGCUUCAAGAUACGGUAUUUGUGCAGAUAUUGCAGUAUCCAAGUACGAACAUUGGUCUUCCUUAGCUCCUCUACCAUUUGAGGUCGUUGUAUCUGCCGGACAAAAAGCCAAGGAGGAAUCAUGGGAAAAAGGUGAUGAUGAUCCUGACAAAAGAAACAAACUUGUUCAGGACUUGAAUGAUUUAACUGGAGAAGGAAACAUUGAGAGUAUGCUUGCAGUUGAGAUGGGAUUGAAGGAGCUUGCUUUCCUGAAGGUCGAGGAGAAUAUUGUGCUUGCAUUAGCCGAACAGCGACGAUCAAACUCUGCUCGGCUAUCCUUCUCGGAUAUGAAAUCACCAUCCGAUCCAAAGUUUAUGGAGGCAAUUGAGUUGAGUCCAGAGGAGUCUGAAGAUGUUCUAUUCAAGGAGGCUUGGCUUACUUACUUUUGGAGAAGAGCCAAAGUUCUUGGAAUAGAGGAGAACAUUGCCAAAGAAAGAGUUCAGUUUUGGAUUAACCGCAGUGGGCAUGCACCAUCUUCACAUGAUGCUGUUGAUGUUGAGGAAGGGCUUAUGGAACUCAGGAAACUGGGGAUUGAGCACAGGCUUUGGGAAGAAUCGCGCAAGACAAUUGACCAAGACUCUUCCACGGUAAAAGCGGCUUCAUAGUUAAGAUCCAUUGGUACACAUGAAAACUGGAGUUCUUUUUUUUUCUUUCUUUCUUUUUAUACAUCUUUUUCCACUCACUGAGGCCUGAUGGUACCUUUUCGGUCAUUAAUUUGUGCCUUCAAAGGGCAUCUGUAAGUCCUUAUUACAAAUGUAUAUAAUGUAUUCAAAUAUA